AUGGCGUCUGGUGCAGUGUUGGGCCUGGUCGCUCUGGUCGUGGUGGUCGCAACCUGGCUGUGGACAGCAGCGAUGCACCACCUGGUGUGGCGUCCCUACGCCGUCGCGAAAUCCUUCCGCCGGCAGGGCAUCCGCGGGCCGGCGUACCGGUUUUUCGUCGGCAACAACGAGGAGUCCAAGGCCAUGCGUGUGGCGACGGCCAACGACGUGCUGAACAUCCGUUCUCACGACAUCAUCCCGCGCGUGCUGCCGCAGUACCAGGCCUGGACGGCGUCGUACGGCAAGGUGUUCCUGUCGUGGACGGGGUACACGCCGGCGCUCUGCGUCGGCGACUACGACAUGGUGAAGCAGAUCCUGUCCAACAAGUCUGGCCUGUACAACAAGCCGGACCCGGGGCCGAACAUCCUGGCACUGCUGGGCAAAGGCCUCGUCUUCGCUGACGGCGACCUCUGGACGCGCCACCGCCACGUCGUGCACCCGGCCUUCACCAUGGACAAGCUCAAGAUGAUGGCCAAAACGAUGGCGGAGUGUGCUGGCAAAGUUGUCGGGGCCUGGGAGGCGCGCGCAGCUGCGGCUAGCGGUGGUGUCGCGCGGGUGGAGAACAUCGGGCAGCAGUUCGUGGAGCUGACCGCCGACGUGAUCUCGCACACGGCGUUCGGGAGCAGCUACAGGGAGGGAAAGGAGGUGUUCGUGGCGCAAGGGGAGCUGCAGUACAUCGCAUUCACCAGCAUCAACAAGGUCCGCGUCCCGGGCCUCCAGUACCUCCCCACCAAGACCAACGUGCGGCGCUGGCAGCUGACAAAAAAGGUGCGCGGCACUCUCAUGGCGAUCAUCCGCGACCGGCAGGCCGCUGCCAAGGACGCCAGGGGAUACGGAAACGACCUUCUCGGCCUGAUGCUCGAGGCCAACGCGCUGGCUGACGCCGGCGAGCAGAGGGCGGCCAUGAGCAUGGACGAGAUCAUCGACGAGUGCAAGACUUUCUUCUUCGCCGGGCACGACACUACCUCGCACCUCCUCACCUGGGCCGUCUUCCUCCUCGGCACGCAUCCCGAGUGGCAGCAAAAGCUCAGGGAGGAGGUCCUCCGGGAGUGCGGCGGCACGAAGGCGCCCAUACAUGGCGACGCCCUCAACAAGCUCAAAAUCGCGACGAUGGUGCUGUACGAGACGUUGAGGCUGUACGGCGCGGUGACCAUAAUAGCGAGGAAGGCGGUGGCAGACACAGAGCUCGGCGGCGUGAAGAUCCCCAAGGGCACCAUGACAAUGAUACCGAUUGCGAUGAUGCACCGCGACGAGGAGGUGUGGGGCGCGGACGCCGGCACGUUCAACCCAGACCGGUUCCGGAACGGCGUGGGUAGGGCGGCCAAGCACCCGAGCGCGAUGCUGGGCUUCUCCGUCGGUCCGCGGUCGUGCAUCGGCCAGGACUUCGCGAUGCUGGAGGCCAAGGCCACGCUCGCCCUGAUCGUACGGCAGUUCGAGUUCGAGGUCGCGCCGGAGUAUGUGCACGCGCCGGCCGACUUCCUGACGCUGCAGCCCAAGUGCGGGCUCCCAAUCCUACUCAAGCUCUUACAUCAGUAA